GGACUUUUAAAACAAUCAACAUAAAAACAUCGGAUUAUAUUGUGAACUGGUUAUAUCGUGUACUUUUUACUUUUCCAAAAUGAUGAACGAAGCUGCUGCACUUGCAAAUAUGAUACCCUACGACACAAUAGGGCUGUACGAACAACCAAAGCCCAGAUUCAUCUUCAAGAUGCCGCGCGUUGUGCCCGACCAGAAAUCCAAGUUCGAAAGUGAUGAGUUGUUUCGACGAUUAGGACGCGAAAGCGAGAUACGCUACACUGGCUACCGAGAGCGUAGCGUAGAGGAGCGCCAGGUGCGCUUUAUGAAUGGCUGUCGCGAAGGCCAUACAGAGAUUUCAUUCGUCGCCUCAGGCACCAACCUGCAGCUGGUUUUUAAUGCCAACCAGAACCCCUACCUGCACGAUAAGGAAUGUGAUUUUGACAAGGAACACGGUAAAGUGCACAUUAAAUCGUACUUCAUAAUGAAUGGCGUUUGUGUUCGCUUCCGUGGCUGGCUGGAUCUGGAGCGUUUGGAUGGUGUAGGCUGCCUGGAGUACGAUGAACGUCGCGCCAUGCACGAAGAUGCAAUUUUGCGCGAUCAAAUCGACCGUUAUAACCAGCGGUUGCGUGAAUUUGAGGACACCAAGCGAGCCUAUCGCGACAACCGCCAAGAUGAGAUGGAGGCAGUACGACGUGGUGUGGCCUCUGGGGGCAUUGGUGUAGGAGCUAGUAUGUGGCGACGUUAGUUGGACUUUUGGGCGACGCCGUGGUCAGCAGCAGCGUCGUCGUCACAACAGCAGCAGCAAGAGACUCAAUAUGCAAAUACUCAAUAUUUUAUGGAAAACGGAAAUGCUCCCUAAUGCGCCGUAAAGCGAGAUUUGAAUAUUUUUACGACUAUAUACUAUACAUAUAGAUAAUUCUCUAUAAUAUCCUCUUAUUCUUAGUUGUAGAAUUUAGUAUAUGUAUGUAUCUAUUAAUCUUUAAUGCGAAAAUGUAGUAUUAAAUAAACUUAAUUCCAAUAAUCAUCAUAAA